AUGUUUGAAGUCGACUGGCAGGAUUACGGCUGCGAGCGCGUAGGUCAGCGCCGAGUGAGAAAGGAAGUCGAGAAGGAACAGAAGAAGAACAAUGAUGCCAGCAGCGGCCACAGGACCAAUUCGACACUGUCGACUCGAACGUCCAGUUCAUCCGACCAGAAUCAUCGGAAGUUCUUUGGAAGCAUUGGCAGGAAGAAACCUGCCGCUUCAUUGAAGAACAAUGAGCCGGAAGCCACCACACCAAAGGUCGAGUCGACCCAGGCGAAUGGAACAUUCAAGCGUAGCUCACUGCGCUUUUCGGGAAUCACGACAACUAUGAUGGCACCGCCCACAGCCAACAUCUCGACGGGGCUCGAGAACAAACCGCUCAAUAUUCAACCCUCGGGCACCUUGAGAAACAUCGCCGAUGCGAUGCAGUCGAACUCACCGCAGUCCGCGGAUCGCUCGAUGACCCAAUUGACCGUUCCCACACUGGAAUCACAGGGUGACGAGCCGACAAACGAUGCGACCACCGAGAUUAAGCUCGUCCAGGCGCUCGACGACAAAGGCUCAUCCGUCAACAAGGUCGUCACGACAACCUACGAACAUGGCGAAGCCGACCCCUUCGUCUCUACUCGAUCCGGAGUCGGGACACAGAUCACGGCAGGCUUCAAAAUCCCUCGCAAAACGGGAUUGUCGCGGGCCAUACACCCCGCACCCUCUCCCGCCGACGACGCCAAGUCGGCCUCUGAGCUCAUCGACGACUGGUUCAUAGCUCUGCACAACCCAGCAGCCCGACCGGCCCUCAAGCCCGGCCCUAACGGGACGUUCCGGAGCGGCGGCGUCCUCCUCCCGCCCAACGUCGUCCGCCGCACCCUGCCCGAGACGCCCACCCGGCAGUCCGCAAAGAACAGCGAUGCCGGCUUCCUACCAGCGAGGUUGACGCCGAUACGGUUCUCGGCCGACAACCCCGACGACUGGACGCCGGUGGCCCAGCGGAAGCGGGCACCCUCCGACAGUGUUCGGGCGCCGCCAGCACCCGUCGAGAACCAAGAGUCCGUGCAAGGCGAGGAGGAGGUCAUGCGCCUGAUGGCGGCCGACCUGAAGGACAUCCACAUCCAAGAGGAAGUUGCUCGCGAGAGCGGCACUGCCCGGAGCAACGCCGACACUCCUCGUGCCAAGCGGUCGGCGGGUUACGCGGUGGAACCGGGUCCUCGUUCCGCGCCAAUGGAGAAGAACGCGGAGACAGUUAGGAAGAGUGGUCGGCCUGUCAGGCCGGUGAUUUAA